UGUUGAACCGAGACAGUAAACAGAAAAAAAUAUGCAAUCGCUCGCUUUUGACGAUCAAAUAAAGUCAAAACUAUUUAUCUGCGUAAUGGGUCGUUUGCUGUCAGUCGGAGCAGCGUGGUGAGAUUGUUGGAUACAAAUAUCAUCGAAUCAUCUUGGCGAGACUUUACAACUCGUCAUUUUGAUUGCACUAGAAGAGUAGACAAGAAUGGGUGGCCUGGUUAACGGGCGGCGUGGAGGAAGAUCUCCGCCUUUAAUGAUCGGUGCCCUUGUCGCCUGCAUCAUCGUCUUGGGCUUCAACUACUGGGUGUCCAGCUCCCGCAACCUGGAACUACAGACUAAGCUGUACGAGCUGGAGGGCCAGGUGCGGCGCGGAGCUGCGGAGCGCGGGGCGGCCGAGUUAAAGAAGAGCGAGUACCAUGAGGAGAUUGAGCGGCAGAAGGAUCAGAUCAGUCGCCUUGAAAUUCUCUACAAGAAGCAGCUGGAAGGAGUGCAGGACACCUGCAGCCAGGAAAUGGGAAAACUGCAGCAGAACAUCUCCUCCAGUACCAAAACCAUACAGGAGCUUAGAGGCCAGUUAAAUCAGAUGAACGAUGACCUGGGGAAGCUUCAGAAGGAACUGCAGAGUUGCCAAGGGAACAUCAACACCCUCAACAACAAACUCGCUUACGACAUGACACAUUGUCACUCGCAGGUCCUCUCUCAGAAGGAGCUAUGUGAGGAGCGAGUGGAGGCUGCCAAAAUGGAAGUUGAGAAGAAGAUGGAGAAGCUGCUCCUCCAUGCUGUCGCUGAGGACAAGGCAGACAAUGGCGGAGUAAAAGAGGAGGCGGCGGGAACGAUGACGACAUCGACUGAUGCGAACCCCUCUGUGUCUAAAGGAAAUGACCGUCCUGGACUGCUGACCAAUGAGAUCUUCAAGGAUGACGGCACUGCAUUGGGCGCGCCCCCCACCAAGGGCGUCCACCUGUCGGACACCACAAAAGAGGGCGCAGCUGUCGAGCAGGACCUGCCAGCAGAGGGAGCCGUGGUGACCGAGAAGGGUCAAACGAGCAAAGCCUUAGCCAAGAAUCAGACUGAAGUGGAGGUGAUAGAUGUCCACACAGAAGAAGCAGACCCGGGAAUGGAGGGCAUGCUGAUUGGCCCGGAGAAAAAGGACGUCAUCGGUCAGAGAGUAGACGAGGUGGAGGAUUACGACCACGGGGAGAAGGUGGUGGGCGAAGUGGAUUUGGAGAAACAAGAGCAGCCCAUGCGGGAUAAAACAAUAGACAAGGUGAUGGAGGAGGAGCUGGCUGACUAUAACGGCGACGACGACAACGAGGGAGAGUUUGAGGCAGACAAACAAGCGGAACUUGCUCAAGUUUAAGAGCUGCACUUGAAGAAAAAGCACCCGGUGGACAUUUCAGGGAGUGCCACCUGUUGUGACUCUCCAGCGAAGAAACAUAAAUAUUUUAUUUUAUUUCAAUCUCCCGACACAUACAGUGGGUCCCCGGCUCAUUCACGGAUUUUUGGUCAGGAAAAUCUAUUUUUGUUGGGUUUUUUUUCCUCUGAAAAAUCUCCUUCAGCCUAAGUCAGUAAUCAUUUCUAAAUACGUGAUAAUACUAGGGAUGUCCCGAGCCACAAUUUUUUUUAUAGUCUUGUCAAUCAGAGCCGAUCCUUUUUUUUUUUUUUUUUUUAAACAAUAAGCUUUUCUUUUUUACAAACAUGACAGCAUGACCAACAAUAUUGGUUGGCUUUUGUAACAAACCUCUGUGAGUCAGGUCCCUAAUCCAAUAAAAAGAUGCAUCCAAUAAAAAAGUCCAUCCAAUAAAAGCAUACAAUUGGAAAAAAAUGGGUGUGCAUAAUAGUUUAAGGGGAGGACUAACCAUUUGACAUGGUUAUUGAUCAAUGUGUGGUGUGAUUUACAAUAUAUGACAUUUUUUAACAACUCUCUUCAGCGCAAUAGUAAUUUAUUGACGGUCCCUUGUAUAAACAACCAGCGGUUAAAGCAGCACUUCCCGUGCGAGCAGCAGCGGAGCCAGAAAUCUGUCACUGGGGUGGCCAAGGUGAGACCAUUACUCACACAGGGGUGGCAAUAAGGCCACCACUGGCCACCACCGCGUGCGAGCUCCCCGCACAAUAACGCAGCAGUCCGGGCACAGUGAGGGGGAGCUACCGCUGUAGACACGGAACCGAAUGUCCAACGUGAAACGAAUUUCACCACGGUAGGCCGCGGACGUGUCGGCAUGGUGGUGUUGCGUUUUCUUCUUCUUGCGGGUGGUGGCGGGAGUCGAGUGGCAACCUGCUUUGAGGCGCAUUACUGCACUUACCAUGUUGGAGUGUGGCUCAGCGUUACGAACGUGAUACGGCAGCCAAUCGGAUGGGGACAUCCCUAGAUAAUAGUUAAAAUAUACAGCAUACUUGAACCGCUAUUAAAAAAAAAAAAAAUCCCCCAUUAUUACGCGUUUCUGUCUUUAUGCUUCGCUGGUAAUGUUUUUUCUGUGAAGCGUUGAGAUUUCACUCUUAGUUCGGCAGUCCUUGAAUGCAACAUAGUGACCGUAGCCCGUGAUUCCCAUCUGUUCUGUCCAUCAUCAUGAUCAUUUUUCGUGGCAAGCACCCAUACAGUGUGCAUUUAGCUUGUUAGCUUCCGUCGCUAGAGAGAGGGUUCUGGAGCUAAAUCGAAUGGAAUCGUUCCAACAGUCAUUUUUAUUGCAAAUGCCGAUCGGAAAUCGGAGAACGUCAACAUCAAGCGAGCAGGAGCAUUUGGAAGGGGGACAUUUUUAUGGGCGCAUCAAUUACUCACAGAUUUUCACAGCCGGUGGGUAGGCGUGGAAUGUAACUCCUGUGAAAAGCGGGGAUCUACUGUAUUUCAGAUGUGGGAGCCUUUUAAUUAUGUGGAGCUGUGUAAAUAUGACACAUAUGUGCACUCAUGUUUUAAACAAAAUGUGAUUCAUGUCCUACGUUAUGCUGGAAAAAGUCUUCAUUGAAGCCUUGAGGUGUGACCAAUGAUGGCAAUACAUGAAGGAAACAAGCGGUAAUGCUGUGUAGGACCUAGUGGUCAUCAUGUAGUAUGUAAAUAAGGCUGCUUGUAGGCAAUGCUGUAACAUGACGGUGAUCCUCUGGGUUGGCAUACAUACACUAAAUGUCUCCAAACGAUGAUUUGACACCGUUGGUGGUGGUCUUUAUUGUGUACACGACUGAUGAUUUGUUGGUAAUGUUCUGGAAUGACCGCAGCGGUUUGGGAAAUCUAACUGUUGUCCUCCAUCUGUGUCUGCUUUAACAAAACAUCACCAAACUUUUUGGAAGGGGCCAAUAAGAUGAGCGUGCUCCUUUUUAUAAACUUGAACAAAGAAGAAGUCACAGUUUGGUCCCCAUUUCAAUGAACUCAAAUGACUUUGCACCGGCUGAUGAGGUUCCUUUUAUAAGCUUGACCUUCUUUUGUUUAUGUGUGAUUUUUAGAAAAUAUUUUUGACCUGCUGAACAAAGGCUUUAAAGAAAUCAAAAAAUAAAAAGUGGUGUUGAUAAACCUGUCGGAAUGUUUCUCAAUGUAUUUUUUGCUGCUAGUUUUUAUAUUGUUAUUUUAUGAGAAUAAAAAAAGUUGGCAAUACCUUACACCAGGGGUCUCCAAAGUGCAGCCCAGGGGCCAUAUAUAUAUAUAUAUACAUAUAUAUAUAUAUAUACAUAUACAUAUACACACACACACACACACACACACACACACACACCUGCGACACAUUCUAAAACAAAACAUGAAAAAAAAUAUAUAGCAAAAAUUGAAAAAAAACUACAGUAAUUUUACAAGAAUAAAGUCAAAAUAUUAACAGAAAAAAGUACAAGAAUAUCAUAUGAUUUUUAAAAAAUUAGUAGCAUAAAGUUGAAAUGACAGAAAUAAGAUGAUUCAUUUUAAAGUUGUUAUAAUUUUUGCAAACUUGGGUUGUGGAAAAAGUCAAUAUUAUGGGGCUAAAGUCAUAAAUAUGAUAAGAACAUUUUUACCAAAAAAAGUUGAAAUUGUUGGAAAAAAACUGAAAUUGAAAAAACAAAUGAAACCUAAAAAAAAACAUUGAAAAAAAAUCAGCGCUAAUUUUACAAGCAUGAAGUCAAAAUAAAGACAAAAACUGUUGCAAAUUUGACAAACUUGAGGAAAAAUGUCAUUUUAGUAGCAUACAGUUGAAGUAUUAAAGAAAAACAUGUUAUUUUUGAAAAGUCGUAAUAUUAUGAGAAGGAAAGUAAACACUUUAGGCUGUGCAAAAAGUUAGAAUAUGGAAAUAAUAUAAUAUUACAAAAAGAAAAGUUACUCAGGUUGUUAAAAAUUAAAAGCAAAAAUGGGCCAAAAAGGGCAAACACACAAGUUGGUAGCAUAUCUACAUGUGUUGCUUUACAAAAUAUCAAAGUGGCCCUUACAUGCUUUCAUUUCUCACUAUGCGGCCCUCACUGGAAAAGGUUUGGACACCCCUGCCUUAUACAGGUACUAUGAUUUUGUAUUUUUCAUCAUUUGUUUGCUGUAUUAAUAUGAAUUACUGUACUACCAGUCUUCUUUUGAGUUAUGUUGGGCUAGGUGGCCGCUGCCAGUUUUGAUUACACACAUGAAUGUAGUCACGGGUGAGCGACUUUUGGAUUAUUUUGAGUCUUUGUAUUUAAUUUCUAUUAUUAAAUGCAUUGGUUAUCAUUAAAAUGUUGCGGGACGAGUGAUCGCAGUAAAUGACACGUUUAUGUAGUCACGGGUAAAUGAGCAUGACCGGCGGCAAACGUAAAAUGAAUGUAACUCACCUUAGUACUUCAAAACUUGGAGAAAGGUUGCCCUGUUAUGUUGGCCCGUAAGGGUCCCGUAAAUGUACUCGAGAAAAAUAGUCCUUAGAUCCAUAAGACACAAUGACCGCUACUGCAAACGUCCAUAAUUCCCCACAUUCUUAACGGUAAAUUGUGUUAGCUAACAUGCGUUAGCCACAUCUUGCCACCGGAACUGUGACCCUAUUGAUUGACAUCUCAUUGACCCAAUAUACAACCUUCAAUGAAGCCCCUCUCCUAACUUGCGUAGUUUGUGCCAAUUACGUUGAAUUAGAAUAGCCAAUGAACGUCCCUCUUCUCACGUGCGUAGCUCGUGA